AUGGGGGAGACGAACAUCAAUCUUACGCAACGCAGAGGACAGUUGAAAACGUAUUUGGUAAAAUUCGAAAAGUAUUUAGAGAGCGAUAAAGUUGCUAUAAAGCAAAUCCCAUUUAGAAUAAAAAAGUUAGAGGCCGUUUGGGCAGAGUUUGAAAGUAUUCAGAGCAAAAUAGAAAUAGAAGAAGAGGAUGACGUAGAGGAACAAGAAAAGUACAGAGAGGACGUGGAAGAAUUAUACUUUAGGACGUUAGUUAAAGCCAAUGAAUUAAUAGGCAAAGUUAGUUUAUCAAAGGUCGAAGAUACGGUUAGAGAAAAUCAAUUCAGUGAUCAGCAAAAUAUUUGUAAUCAAACAAAUAAGUUUAUACCUCACGUUAAAUUAGCACCUAUAAGUAUUCCAGUUUUUACUGGUGAAUACAGUGAAUGGAAACCUUUUUAUGAUUUAUUUUCCAAGCUUAUACAUGUUAAUGCGGAUCUAUCGGAUAUUCAAAAAUUUUGUUAUUUGCGCUCGUCUUUAUCAGGAGAGGCAGCAAGUAUCAUUAAAAGUUUGGAAACAACAGCGAAUAAUUAUGAAAGCGCGUGGAAAAUGUUAAGAGAGAGAUAUGAUAAUAAUAAGUUAUUAAUUCAAACUCACGUGAAAGCGAUUUUCGAAUUAGGAAUAGUACAUCAAGAAUCUGCGGUUAAGUUAAGAGAAUUUUUAGAUGCUUUAGUUUGUCGUAUUAGUGCACUAAAAAUGUUAGAUGAGAGACCCCAUGAAUGGGGACCGAUGUUAAUGCAUUUAAUUUCUACUAAACUAGACAGAAAUACGCUAAGUAGAUGGGAGACAGAAUCACCCAAAGAUAGAAUAGCAGACGUAUCAGAAUUUAUUGAAUUUUUGGAAAAUAGAGUAAAGGUGUUAGAAGCGGUAGAAGCAUCCAAAAAUAUUUAUUCUCGUAGUAAUCAACAAUUUGGAAACCAAAACGCGUUUAUUAAACAAAAUAAAUAUAAAUCAGCAGCUGUAACAACUACACAAGGAUUAAAAUGUUAUGUUUGUGAUUUAUCACAUACAAUUUAUCGUUGUCCACAAUUUAUGUCUUUGUCAAUUGCGGAUAGGAUUAAAAAGGUAGCGGCACUCAAAUUAUGUAAAAUUUGUUUGAGACGGCAUAAUGAAAAAUGUACAGCGCGUUAUUGUUUAAAGUGUUCAAAAUCGCAUAAUGUUUUGUUACAUUUAAAUAACAUUCAAAAUCAAGAAGUAAAGGUAGAUAAUAAUACGACAAGCGAUAAUUCAGUAAUCACCGAUAACGUGUUAACGAGCGCCAUUGCGGCGGCUCAAUCGCCAGAGCAAGUGUUAUUGUCAACAGUAGAAGCUUAUGCGGGUAAUGUUCAAGGUGAAAAACAAAAAUGUAGAAUUUUACUGGAUUCUGGGUCUCAGUGUAAUUUUAUAAGUGAAUAUAUGGUACAAUUAUUAAGAUUGCGCAAAUCGCGAGUGCAUCAUAGUGUCAUUGGAAUAGGAGGAAGUAAAAAAAGUAUUACCUCUGCGGUUACCGUAAUAAUUACAUCACGUAUUAAUUCAUUUAAAUUGAAAGUACAAUGUUUAGUCGUUCCCAAAAUAACAGGAUGUAUUCCGUCGAAUAGUGUUAAAGGAAAAUGUGUUAUUCCGAAAGGUAUUCCUUUAGCUGACCCGUCAUUUUCAGUACCGCAAAAAAUAGAUUUGUUACUCGGGGCAGGUCAUUUUUUCGAUAUUUUAUGCGAAGGAAAAUUAAAACCAUCUAUUGAUGGACCUGUAUUUCAGCAAACCCAGUUUGGUUGGGUGAUUGCAGGAGUGGUAAAUUCAGCGCAUAGUCAACCAUACAAUUCUGUAAGUUAUUCUGCAGUAAUUGAUGAAGAAAUUCAAUUAGAAAAUAUUUUGUCUAAAUUUUGGUAUUUAGAAGAGGUUGGUACGGAUGCACCUCUAACAACGGAAGAUAAAAAAUGUAAAGAGUUUUUCGAAAGCACGGUUAAAAGAGAUGCUAGUGGUAGAUUUAUGGUUUAUUUACCUUUUAAAGAAGGCGAAAAUUAUAAAUUAGGUCAAUCUUACGAAAUAGCAAAGAGGAGAUUUUUAAAUAUGGAAAGAAAGUUGCAAAAAGACGAAAAUUUAAAGGAGGAAUAUAGUAAAUUUAUGAAGGAGUACGAAAUAUUAGGUCACAUGAAAAUAAUAGACGAAAAGGAGCCUAUAGUCGGGGAAAAUAUAUGUUAUUUACCGCAUCACGCUGUUUACAAUUAUAAUAGUACAACAACGCGACUGCGUGUAGUGUUCGAUGCGUCGUGUAAAACGUUAUCUGGUAAUUCACUGAACGACGUACUAUUAAAAGGUCCAGUUUUACAGGAUGAUAUGAUAUUUAUUUUAAUACGUUUUAGAACACAUAAAGUUGCUUUAACUGCUGAUAUAAACAAAAUGUAUCGACAAAUUAAUUUAGCCCCUGAACAUUGUAAUUACCAGAGAAUUUUAUGGAGAGAAAAUCCAGCAUUACCUAUAGACGCGUAUAAAUUAACAACAGUAACGUAUGGUAUGGGUCCUUCGUCGUUUUUAGCUACUGCUUGUUUGCAGACUUUAGCUAAUCAAGAAGAAAAUUUUUAUCCGUUAGCUUGUUCGGAAAUAAAAAAUAAUUUUUAUAUGGAUGAUUAUUUAGGCGGCACAGAUAGUAUAGAGUCAGCUGUUGAGUUGCGUGAUGAUCUUAUCGGAAUAUUUCAACGAGCCGGUAUGUCGUUGUGUAAAUGGUUAUCUAAUAAAAAUACAAUUGUGUGUGACACAGUAGAAAAUAAAGAUAAUGUACGCGUAUUUGAUGAAUCAGCGAUAACCAAAAUACUCGGUCUAACAUGGGACCCGGUAGCUAGUAUUUACGAUCCUCUUGGUCUUUUAGGACCUGUUAUAGUAAAGGCAAAACUUUUUAUUCAAAAUUUAUGGCACAUCAAAUUAGCUUGGGAUGAGAUAUUAACUAAUGAUAAUAGUAAAGAAUGGUUAAGUUAUCGUGAAAGCUUGCAAAAAUUAAAUAAUUUAAAAGUACCGCGAAGGAUAACAUGUGAAAAGGAAAUUGCCUCAAUAGAAAUACAUGGGUUUUCGGACGCAUCCGAAAAGGCAUAUGGGGGAUGCAUAUAUUUACGAUGCACAGAUAUAGAUGGAAAACAUAGUGUAAAACUUAUUUGCGCAAAAUCAAAAGUAGCGCCAUUAAAAGUAGUGUCAAUACCUAGAUUGGAACUUUGUGCUGCACUAUUGCUAGCGCGGUUAACCCAUAAUGUUACAAAAAAGUUAAAUUUAAAUAUAACAAAAAAGUACUUUUGGACGGAUUCUCGUAUAGUUUUAUCAUGGAUAGCUUCCCCGUCCACGUAUUGGAAGACAUUCGUUGCUCAUCGAGUCGGUGAAAUUCAGAAUUUAAAUUGUCCAUCAGAAUGGUUUCAUGUACGUUCGCAAGAAAAUCCCGCGGACUUAUUAUCUCGAGGAUGUGAGGCGAAUGUGAUUACAGAGAUGAAGUUAUGGUGGCAAGGUCCAUUUUGGUUGAGUCAGGAUAAAUCAGAAUGGCCAGCACAAAAUAAUGAAAUAUUAAAAAGUUCAAAUGAAACGUUAGAAAGAAAAAGUGCGACUAAAUUUAUUGGUACUGUGACAGAAGAAUUUGAUUUGUUGNAUUUAUUGGUACUGUGA